GUCAGUGCCUGGGGUUUCAUGUGCUCGGUUUAAGACGUUUAGAGAUAAUAAAGCUGCUGCAGAAUCCUGACCAACAGCUGGACCAUUCUCAAUCAGACUCUGUAUAAUAACCUGUAUAAAGAUAUUUUAUAAUAAUCUGUACACCGAUAAGACCUUUAUAAUUCUAAACACGGAACCGUUUCUUUAUCGGACCAAACCCGAAGGCGUUUAUAAAUAAAGAUGGCUCUUUGGUACCAGCUACAACAGCUGGACUCAAGAUACCUGGAGCAGAUCGGCCAGCUCUACGAUGAUAUGUUCCCCAUGGAGAUUCGUGAAUACCUCAGCCAGUGGAUUGAAAGCAUUGACUGGGAUGCUGUGGCUCUCGAUGAGUCCCUAGCGAGGCUGCGCUUCCACGAACUUCUGAGUAAGCUGGAUGAGCUCUACGGUCGUCUGCAUCCGACCAACAACUUCCUUCUUCAGCACAACCUCCGCAAAAUACAACGUAACCUACAGGAACACUUUCAGGAAAAUACACUGUACAUGGCUAUGAUUAUAUCCAACUCUCUGAAUGCUGAAAGAAGAAUUCUGGAGACGGCCAUCAGAACACAGGAAAAUGCAGGCUCACCUCAGGGCAACAUUGUGAUGGAGAAGCAGAAACAGCUGGACAACCAGGUGAACGAGCUGAAGAAAAAAGUGCAGAAAGCAGAACAGGACAUUCAGGCUCUGGAGGAGCUACAAGACGAGCAUGACUUCAAGAGGAAAACUUUACAGAGUAGAAUGGAAGUUGAAGCAAAUACACAGAUAGCAAAAGAGAUUCAGCUGGAAGAGUUGAAGAUCAGAGAAAUGUACCUAAGGCUGAACACAAUGCGAGAGGUAGUUGUAGCUGAGUUAUUAAACGCAUUAAAAUUAGCGGAUCUGACCCAGAGCACACUCACAACAGAAAAGCUUCCAGAGUGGAAACAGAGGCAGCAGAUAGCUUGCAUUGGUGGACCUCCAAAUACUUGCUUGGAUCAGUUACAGCACUGGUUCACUACAGUGGUAGAGUGUUUGCAGCAGAUACGUCAUCAGCUGAACACGCUGCAGGAACUGGUUCAGAACUUCACUUACGAAAACGACCCCAUUGCUUUGAACAUGAGUUCAUUGCAGAAGCAGGCGCUGUCGCUCUUCAAAAAUCUUCUCAUCAAUUCCAUUGUGGUGGAAAGGCAGCCGUGCAUGCCCACGCAUCCGCAGAGACCUCUGGUGCUGAAGACUGGUGUGCAGUUCACAGUUAAACUCAGGCUGCUGGUCAAACUAUCAGAGUUGAACUGCCAGCUCAAAGUUAAAGCCUCUUUCGAUAAGGACAUAACAGAAAAGAAUACAGUCAAGGGGUUCCGUAGGUUCAAUAUCUUAGGAACCAACAGUAAAGUCAUGAAUAUGGAGGAAUCCAACGGCUGCCUGUCCGCUGAGUUCCGGCACUUGCAACUGAAAGAACAGAAAAUAAUUGGAAGUAAAACAAAUGAGUCUCCUCUUGUCAUCACUGAGGAACUUCAUUCCAUCAGCUUUGACACUCAACUCAAGCAAGCAGAUUUCUCCAUCGAUAUAACGACCACUUCACUUCCUGUAGUUGUGAUAUCUCAUAUCAGCCAGAUGCCAAGCGCCUGGGCCUCCAUCCUCUGGUUUAACAUGCUCUGUACUGAUUAUCAGAACCUUGGGUUUUUCCUGAACCCUCCUCCGAUGAUGUGGGAAAACCUGGCGAAGGUUCUGAGCUGGCAAUUUUCCUCGGUCACUAAGAGAGGCCUUAACACAGAUCAACUGACCAUGCUCGGAGAUAAACUACUCGGUCCUGAGGCUCAAGGAGACCCGGACACUCCCGUCUACUGGAGUAAGUUCAUUAAGACAGCCUUGAACGAGAGAGGAGUUGCUUUCUGGCUGUGGAUUGAUGGGAUCCUGGACCUCAUUAAACGAUGCUUACUGAAUAUCUGGAAUGAUGGGUUUAUAGUGGGCUUUAUAAGUAAAGAGAAGGAGAAAACUCUGCUACAAAACAAACCCCCAGGCACUUUCCUUCUGCGCUUCAGUGAGACAUGUAAAGACGGAGGCAUCACCAUCACGUGGGUGGAGCAGUCCAAGAAAGGUGAACCCCAAACACACUCGGUGAAGCCCUACAGGAAGUCGGAUUUGGUCAACCUCUCUUUCCCCGACGUCAUUCGGAACUACACGCUAAUGGACAGAGGGAAUAUUCCAGAAAACCCUCUGCUCUACCUGUAUCCGGACAUCCCGAAAGACGUCGCGUUUGGACACUACUACAGCAUCUCCUCGAACGCUCCAGAAGACAUGGACGUGGAUAAACCGAUUGACCUUAAGUAUCCUUACAUGGACAGACGGAUGAUUCCAGUGUCAGAAGUAAAAGAUGGAAGACUUCAAGACAGAAUCCUGCCUUUGAGUCCAGAGGAAUUCGGAGUGCUACAAACCAUUAACAAAAACAACGGAAUGGACGAUUUGUGUCAAACUUUGCCGCAGUGAAUCCAUAUCAGCGAACACGCCUGUCUUCAUCCUCCAGCUUUCCUGAAAGACAACUUUGUGGAUUUAACUGCAAAGAGUUUCACUGAUUUCAGACUGGGCUGUGGGAAUGGGUUUCACAUAUUCUGUUGAGUGUGUGUGUGUGUGUGUGUGUGUGUGUUAGAGAGAAUAUUUUAUGUUGAAUUUGUGGAAUUGCACAUUUGUGAAGUUCAUUUUUAUGAACCAGUACAGGGUGACGAGACAAACACAGGUUUUUCCUCAUGGCUUUAUUUAAUAUUCUACGUCUAAAAGUAAUUAUACAGACUUGUCAUUUGAAGCAGUUGUUCAUGUUCACACAUACUCUGAACUCUGUCACGUGUUAUCUGUGAAAUAAAAAUA